CCUCUUCCUCUUGGGUGGGCAGAAAGGGGACGGUUGCUGCUGCUGUGCUGGCUGCUGACUGGGUCACCGAGUGCUGCUGGGCUGGCUGGGCUAGGCUAUAAAACACAGCAGAGCCGGAGCAGCUGGCUCAGAGACCAGGCUGAAUCCCGCCAGCCAGCAAAGGACCUGCACGCAGCCGCUGCCGCCUCCUGCGUUAUUUUUUCCUGGAAUACAGAACCAGCCUUGGGAGCAAGAUGUGCAAGGGACUCGCUGCACUGCCAGCCACUUGCUUAAAAAGUGCCAAAGACAUGAAGCAUCGUCUAGGUGUCUUGCUGCAGAAGUCAGACUCCUGUGACUACAGCUCUUCCCAGGGCAAGAAGGAGAAACUCUCUCCGAGCCAGAGGGUUAGCCAAGAGGAAGUCAAAAAGUGGGCAGAGUCCUUGGAAAACUUGAUCCACCAUGACAGAGGACUGGCUGCCUUCCGUGCUUUUCUCAAAUCUGAGUACAGUGAGGAAAACAUCGAUUUCUGGGUCAGUUGUGAGGAGUACAAGAAAACCAAGUCGCCAGCCAAGCUCAGUCCCAAAGCCAGGAAGAUCUAUGACGAGUUCAUCUCUGUGCAGGCAACAAAAGAGGUGAACCUGGAUUCAUGCACAAGGGAGAAAACGAGCCACAAUAUGCUGGAGCCUACGCUUUCCUGUUUUGAUGAGGCUCAGAGAAAAAUAUUUACCCUCAUGGAGAAGGAUUCUUACCGCCGUUUCCUCAAGUCCCCCUACUACCUGGACUUGGUCAGCCCACCUGGUGCUGGCUGUGGGCCUGAAAGCUGCCAAAGAACCCACACUCACACCUUAGACUGCAACUCCAACAUUAUCUCUCAGUGUGCCUGAACCUGCAGCAAGGCCAGGAGCAGGCUGGGCAGGCAAGGAAAUAUUUGGCAGCAAAAGCAUUCAUUGGCAUGAAGCAACAGAGCUGUCUUCAGUAGCUGUCUAAUGUCCCAGUUGUGUCCCAUGUCAUGCAACAGCCAGCAUUUGUAACCCAAGCCAGGCUCAGUUUGUGUAGCAAACCCUCCUCUGACUCCACCUGCGUAGGAGCCCUGGAGUCUGACGUGAAAGCUGGGCGAAAUCAUUGCGUGCCCGCAGUUCCUGACGAGCACCAAGCCCGGGAGGGCGGGAGCGGUAGGGAAGGGAAGGGGCGCACACGCUAGAGCCCAGCACUAACCACGAAGGGACCAGUCCUGCCAGGCUGCGGUGUGACACCUAGCAAGGGGCGGGGGAAGCCAAGGGAAGUGGUGGGGACUGAGAUCUCCCCUUUCUAACCAGCAACAGCUUAAGUGAAAAAGACUUGGUCUGCUCCUUAGCUGUUCAUAUAGCUCCCAGAUGUUUAGGCUUUCAGUAGUAUUGCUCAGAACUCGGGCUGUGCUGCAUUACAGUGAUCGGACGUGCGAGAAGCUCCUACUCUUUCUUGGAGACCAGAACUUUUCAGACUAGCAAACAGCCUCCUGUGGUCAUCACAGCCCAAGCUGCAUGAAAGCUCUCCCCUCAGCCGCUUUUCUCUCUGUAGCAUCUAGUUGCAGCUGGCCAAGGAUCUUUUCUAGGGCUGUACAGAGCUAUUAUUUUACAGGCAGUUCAUUAUUUCAAGCGUAUUUAUAUCCUUUAUGCUCCCAGACUUAGAACGCCAUCCUGAUACCAUAGCUGAGCAGAACAGGAACAUGUUCCUUCUCCCAGGCUGACACUUGUGCAUUACUGUCUCUGGGAGUGCCAUCUGAAUUCAGGUUUGCCUGCCCCGACUUGUAUGAAGCAGUUGGUGAUGGCACAGGACCACUACCACAACAGCUGAGGAGGAAAGGCCCUGCUUGGGAGUGUUUGAGAAAAAAAUCAAAAUAAAAUGUUAUGUUUUUGAGUUUGUGGUUGAGUAACUGCAUUACUCACUUUGUCCUGAAGGUGGUAGGAGGAAUAUGCUGCCCUUGUUACUGCUCCUGGGCUGGCGAUCGUGCUCUCCCCUUGGCCUUUCUCUAGCUGGAAAUUGCUUCUCUGACAGCCGUGUGUUCCUUACCCUGCACCCCAGUCUAGACAUCUGUUCUCACGCUGGGGUUUUGGUAUGGCAGGGGAGGGCUGUGGUUGUCCAGUAGGUGCUUUGAGGUCCACAAAGAAGCAUCUCUUUUAACAUUUGCUUUAUUUUGUAUUUAUUAGUGUGCUGACACGUACCACCCUGCAUGUUCAGCUACAAGAUGGAGAGGCUUGCUAAAACUCUGAACAUAGCUGAGCAUGUGGCUAUGUUUUCUUUUCCCCUGGUACUGGGAACUCUUGAUAACUCUUGCAAAGAUGUAUUAGCAAUUAAAUAACGAUGAAUACAUUCUAAAUAAAAAAUGUUUGCAUUA